AUGGCUUUGACUUCUUGGGCUCUCGGCCCUGCGCUGCGGCUCUGUGCCACCGGCCCUGCCUGCUCCUGGGAGAUGCUACAUGUGGCUGGAGCAGGUGUGUGCGGCUGCUGUGGUGCCCUGCGUCCUCGCUACAAAAGGCUCGUCGACAACAUCUUCCCUGAGGACCCAGAGGAUGGGCUGGUGAAAACCAACAUGGAGAAGCUGACAUUUUAUGCCCUGUCUGCCCCGGAGAAGCUGGAUCGCAUUGGUGCCUACCUCUCUGAGCGGCUCAUCCGAGACGUGAGCCGGCACCGAUAUGGGUAUGUAUGUAUUGCCAUGGAAGCCCUGGACCAGCUCCUCAUGGCCUGCCACUGCCAGAGCAUCAACCUCUUUGUGGAGAGCUUCCUGAAGAUGGUGGCAAAGCUGCUGGAGUCGGAGAAGCCCAACUUGCAGAUCUUGGGGACCAACUCGUUCGUGAAGUUUGCCAACAUCGAGGAGGACACCCCGUCUUAUCACCGCAGCUACGACUUCUUUGUCUCCCGCUUCAGUGAGAUGUGCCACUCCAGCCACGACGACCCGGACAUCCGGACCAAGAUCCGGAUGUCUGGCAUUAAAGGCCUGCAAGGAGUGGUGAGGAAGACGGUGAAUGACGAACUCCAAGCCAACAUCUGGGACCCACAGCACAUGGACAAAAUCGUGCCCUCGCUCCUCUUCAACUUACAACAUGUAGAGGAGGCCGAAAGCCGCUCCCCCUCCCCGCUGCAAGCCACCGAGAAGGAGAAGGAAAGUCCUACAGAGCUGGCAGAGAGGUGUCUGCGGGAGCUGCUGGGCCGAGCAGCGUACGGCAACAUCAAGAACGCCAUCAAACCCGUCCUCAUCCACCUGGAUAACCACUCGCUCUGGGAGCCUAAGAUCUUUGCCACCUGCUGCUUCAGGAUCAUAAUGUACUCAAUCCAGCCGCAGCACUCCCAUCUAGUGAUCCAGCAGCUCCUGGGGCACCUGGAUGCCAACAGCAAGAGCGCAGCCACUGUGCGCGCAGGCAUUGUGGAGGUCCUCUCGGAGGCAGCAGUGAUCGCUGCCUCCGGAUCUGUUGGCCCCACCGUGCUGGAGGUGUUUAACACUCUGCUGAGGCAGCUGCGACUCAGCAUUGACUACGCGCUGACGGGGAGCUACGACUGCGCCAUCGGCGUCAGCACCAAGAUCAUCAAGGAGCACGAGGAGAGGAUGUUCCAGGAGGCUGUCAUUAAAACCAUAGGGUCCUUCGCCAGCACGCUGCCCACCUACCAGCAGUCUGAGGUGAUGGUCUUCAUCAUGAACAAGGUGCCACUGCCCUCCUCGCAGCAGUCCAUUGAGGCUGGCAAAGCUGGGGAGAACCGGAAUCGGCUGACACAGAUAAUGCUCCUGAAGUCUCUCCUCCAGGUCUCUAUGGGCUUCCAGUGCAGUAACAUGCUUACGGCACUUCCCAGCGCCUUCCUGGACAGGCUGCUCUCCACAGCCCUCAUGGAGGAUGCUGAGAUCCGCCUGUUUGUCCUCGAGAUCCUCAUCAGCUUCAUCGAUCGCCAUGGGAACCGGCAGAAAUUCUCCACCAUCAGCACCAUCAGCGACAUCUCGGUCCUGAAGCUGAAAGUGGACAAAUGCUCACGCCAGGAUACUGUCUUCAUGAAGAAGCAUGGCCAGCAACUGUACCGGCACAUCUACCUGAUAUGCAAGGAGGAGAGCAACAUGCAGGCUCACUACGAGGCUCUCUACAGCAUGCUCAUGCUCAUCAGCAUCGAGCUGGCUAAUGAGGAGGUCAUGGUGGACCUCAUCCGCCUGGUGCUGGCAGUGCAGGAGAUUGCCCAGAUCAACGAGGAUAACUUGACGGCAUACAACCGCUGCGCGCUCUUCGCCCUUGGUGCAGCUUACCUGAACCUCAUCAGCCAGCUCACCACCGUGCCCACCUUCUGCCAGCACAUCCAUGAGGUCAUCCAGAUGCGACAGAAGGAAGCUCCCUAUCUGCUCCCUGAAGAUGUGUUUGUGGAGAGACCCAGGUUGAGCAAGAGCCUUGACCGCCUGGGCCCAGAGGUUUUCUUCUGGCAGAGCAAGAUCAGCGAGGUGCUGGGCGGCAGCGGCUACAACUCGGACCGGCUCAGCACACCCUACAUCCCCCAGCUGACAGAUGAAGAUCGCUUGUCCAAGAGGAAAAGCAUUGGUGAGACCAUUUCCCUGCAGGUUGAGGUGGAGUCGAGAAACAGCCCUGAGCGAGAGCAGAGAGCACCAGCAGAAGAGAUCACGUACGAGACAUUGAAGAAGGCAAUAGUAGACAGCGUCGCCGUGGAGGAGCAGGAGCGAGAGCGGAGAAGACAAGUGGUGGAGAAAUUUCAGAAAGCCCCAUUCGAGGAGAUCGCUGCCCACUGCGGCGCCCGGGCGACACUGCUGCAGAGCAAGCUCAACCAGAUCUUCGAGAUCACCAUCCGGCCACCGCCAAGCCCGUCUGGCACCAUCACAGCCGCCUACGGCCAGCCCCAAAACCACUCCAUCCCGGUGUACGAGAUGAAGUUCCCGGACCUGUGUGUGUACUGAGAGCGGUUGUGCUGGUAGGGCAGAGGCACCGCUGCACAGCUUGCACCGAAGGACCUCUUGGCGAGAGACUGCUGACCC